AUGACCGCACCACAGACAGUAGCACAGGCUGACGAAGCCAUCAAGGCAGGCAACAACAAAGAGGGCGAGCGCAUUCUCAAGUCCAUCCUCUCCAACCAGUCCUCUUCGACCGAUGAUGCUUUCCUCAAGGAGCAGGAAGCAUCUCUCCUUCGUCUCGGUGAGCUCUACCGUGACACCAAAGAUGCCAACGCUCUUGCCGAGACCGUUCGCUCCUCACGCACAUUCAUGAGCAACAUCGCCAAGGCGAAGACCGCCAAGCUCGUCCGCACUCUCAUCGACUACUUCGAAGACAUCCCCGGCAGCCGACAGACUCAGAUUCAGGUCACAAAGGAAAACGCAGAAUGGGCCAAGUCGGAGAAGCGUAUCUUCCUCAAGCAGAAUUUGGAGACCAAACUGAUCGGUCUCUACUAUGACAACAAGAACUACCGCGAAGCACUCCCUCUCAUCGAUGCGCUGCUCAAAGAGCUCAAGAAGCUCGACGACAAGAUGAUCUUAACCGAAGUCCACUUGCUCGAGUCCAAAGUCAACCAUGCAAUUUCCAACAUGCCAAAAGCGAAAGCAGCGCUUACAUCGGCACGCACAGCAGCCAACUCGAUCUACUGCCCCCCAACACUUCAGGCUCAGCUCGAUUUGCAAGCCGGUGUUCUCCACGCUGAAGACAAGGACUACACAACCGCCUACUCGUACUUCUUUGAAACCCUCGAGGGCUUUGCAUUGCAAGACGAUCCCCGAGCUCCUUUGGCGCUCAAGUACCAACUGUUGUGUAAAGUCAUGUUGAACCUCUCCGACGACGUCAACAGCAUCAUCAGUGGCAAGCACGCCACCAAAUACGCAGGUCGAGAUGUUGACGCAAUGAAGGCUGUCGCUCAAGCUCACGAAGAACGUUCGCUUGAAGCUUUCGAACUAGCGCUUCGAAACUACAAGGAAGAGCUCUCCAACGAUCCAAUUGUCCGCGCACACUUAAGCGCGUUGUACGACACUUUGCUGGAACAGAACCUUUUGAGAGUCGUCGAACCAUACUCGAGGGUAGAGAUCGCGCACAUUGCAAAGGAGGUCAAGCAGCCGGUUAGGGAGGUGGAGACCAAACUAUCACAGCUCAUUCUUGAUCGUCGUCUUCAUGGUAUUUUGAGUCAGGGCGAAGGAUGUUUGGUCGUGUAUGAUGAGCCGGUGGAGGACAAGAGCUAUCAAUUGACGCUGGAUACUUUGAAGCAUGUUGGUACUGUGGUGGAUAGUCUGUACAAGAAGGCGAAUAAGCUGACAUAA